AUUGCUUGCCUAAAGAUCACCAAUUGGGGAGAUUUGGCACUUGUCUUAAUAUUAGUUAUUGCUUCAUUAUUCAUGGAUUAAUUUCUUUCCUUGUUUCCUCGUUGUAUCGCUGCAGCAUUUUUAAUGCUGCAAUCAUGUGUCAGCAGAUGGCGACAUUGGGAUGAACAGUUCAUUCUUUUCUACUCCUCAACCCGAUCUACGGAAGCUAGCUUGUUGUCAGCAACAGUUGCUGUGAACGUUUUGGUUGAGCUUGAGUUGUUGUUAUCUGGCUAGUUAUAUACAGCCAUAGACUUAGCACUACUGUUGUAGAAAGGUUCUUUUCGGGUACUAUUUGGAUCAUGUUAUUGUGUGACACUGGAACUUGGAAGAAGAAUUUAGGGAGUUAUCUCCCUCCGAUAUGAAGCGGGAAGUUUAAAAAACGUCAGCUACGUUGCUGUCAUUCUAGCUAACGCUAGACAUGGCUCAAACAGUUUUUAGUUCAAACGAACAACUAAACUUUGCAAAUCAUAUAAAUCUCGAUGACUCGUCUUUAAGCUCUGAUGCCGGGGACAUCUUAAUUCGUUCAACUAGAAUAAUAUUUCCCGAAACAACCAAUGUUUGCGAUUUAGGGUCGACGUCAACCAACUAUAACAAACCAGACAACUUUCAGAUUACGGCGAAUAAACUGCGCAGUACUACCCAACAUGUAACAGACGAGGUUCAGAAAUCGAGGCGGUCCAAGAAGCAAGAGUACGUCCAUGUCCCUCCCGCACUGAGAGCCAACCUACAGUCCUGUUCCCCAUCAGCCCCAGUGUCACUCUCAGAUGGAUCAAAAGUGCCGAAAGGUCAUGCAGUGAUAAAAACGUCGACCGAAACACGAAAAAACAAGCAGCCUCACAAAGAUGGGAAAGGGACACAUCCGUCAUCUGCUCAGAUUAAGCCCAGUGGAAAUGAAGGCCAUGAGGUUGUGAUAUCCCGCUAUGCUGCUGGAGGGAAGGGGGCCAUAAUGGCUGCCCUCAAACAGAGGUCUCAUAGCGCCCCCCUGAGGAGGGAGGUGAAGGUGCAGCUGCUGGGGCAAAUGUCUGCUGUCCAGAGCCCCGAGUUUCAGACUGUGACUCCCAUCUUUGGUAACCAGGUCCCAGGUCUGAUGCUGGAUGUCCAGCCUGGGACUCUGCCUUACGGAGACCAGGGGUGUCAGAGUUCACAGCCCCAGCUUGGGGCUCUCCUCUCAGGGGACCAGGGAGCGUCAGCUGCCUGUACUGCAGCUGUGGUCACGGCUGCUACCAUCGCUGCCACAGCUCCUCUCCUCAAGGCUCAGAGUGAAAUGGAGCUUCGUGUGUCCCAAAUGUCCGAGGGUCUGAGGAGGCUGCUGGAGGCUGACAGACUUCCAGGCCAGUCCCUGGAGCGCAGAGCGGGGAGGGAUGCCAGUGAAAGCAGGGAGGGGAGGGAGGGGAGCCAGACCCUAGACCGUGUCGCCCAGCUGGAGCAGCAGCUCAGCUCCCUGACCCAGCAGCGACUGCAGCACCUGGAGCUGAUCCAGAACCAGCAGAUGGGACUGCAGAGCCGUCUUUUGGAGUCUGCUCUUAGCGUUGUGACUGGCCACGCCUCUGUGCCCGCGGCCCCCCUGCUGGCCCCUGACCCUACACCUGGACUAGCUGCUGGUCUGCCACCUGGACUGUCAGGUUCUCAGCCUGUAGGCCACUCUCAGACUCAUCUGGCGGUGGUUGACCUGUCUAAUGAUAUAGCCCAGCCUAGCCAGAGGACAGGAGUUGGAGGAGGCCCGAGCACCCCGGAGACCCCUGCCCCCCGCAGAGUGAUCCCUAAACCCACACACUGGAACUCCAGCACACAGGACACCCACAACCCCCAAUCCAGCACUCGGAACGCCCAAAACCUCCCAACCAGGACCCAGAAGUCUACACACCCUGGGUCUAGAACCUAUGUUGAACCCGGGACCAUCCAGAACUCCACCAGGCCUGGACCAGCCAAACAUAAUCCAAGAUCAGGCUCCAAACCACAGAGAACACCCAGCACAACCCCAGGAAGUGGUAGACUCCCGGAGGCCAUCCGUGACGGUCGCCGCAGCGACAGCUGUACAGCAAGGAUCGGAGCCAAGUCCGCCGCGGUUGCCAUGGCAACACCCCAAGACGGUGACGGACCACCGGAGCAAUUCAGGGACGCACACCAGCAACAGGAGACUCUCAGGGUUUCCACGGCAACCCCCGGCCAACCUUCCAGCUCAGCGCCAGCUAAUCACGGCGACAACUCGGCAGCAGAAAGAGCCAAUCAGAUGCUAAAGGACCUGGGGCGCCUCAAGGCCGAGAUGCGUACCCUGCUGACGACAGGAGAUGCCUUCCCUGGGCAGAUGAGCAGGGACACGGCCCAGCCUAGCUCUGGCAGUCCCAGCAGCACCAGCCGACCGCCUGCUCCCCACAUCCCCGCUGCCCCCCGCCGCCACCCUCCCUCCCCCUGCCGUCUCCGUGAAUGCAGCAGUAGAAGUGGUAUCUCCGUCCGUUCUCCCGCCCCCCCGCCCCGGUCUCCCGCUGCUCCAGAGGAACCCUCCAGUGCCGUCCAUGUUUGAGGACGCCGAGAAGGUUCUCCGGCAGGUCCAGAGGAACAAGAAGGUUCUAGAGGAGAACCUGCAGGCCAUGCUGAGGGCCAAGGAGG